UAGCCAUCAUGGAUACCCAAGACGUCAACGAGACUUCUAGCGACGAUAGCAUGCUCGACGAUGAUAGCAUGCUCGACGAUGAUAGCAUGUACGGCGAUAAUGGCAUUAUCGAUGAUGACGGAGUUUGGAGGCCUGGUAUAGGCUCUAUAUUCUCCGAGACCACAACGAAAUAUGGCCCUGGAAAAUUCCACCCUGUCUACAUCGGCGAAAUGUACAAAGAAGGGCGAUAUAAGAUAGAGCAGAAGCUCGGAUGGGGAGCUUUGUCUACUGUGUGGGGAGCAAGAGAUCUCCAUAACGACAACUUCGUUGCUAUCAAGGUCUUGUCAGCACAAGAAAGUAGUAACACCAAGGAACACCAAAUCUUGCAACGCCUUCGCAACAACGAUCUAGAUCACCCAGGACGCGAACAUGUCCUUCAGCUUCUUGACCAUUUCUAUCACGAUGGUAUAAACGGACGCCAUCUGUUCAUUGUUACAGAGUCACUGGGAGAAACAUUGUCUGAGUAUACCGAUGCUAAAAGGCUUGGUCGCUUGGAUGGAUUUGAAUGUCGCCUUUUUAGUCGGCAACUCCUCCUUGCAGUGGAUUUCAUGCAAAAGUGCGGUGUUGUGCACGGCGAAUUACACAGCAACAACAUUAUGUUACCUCUGCCCGACUACUGUUACUAUGAUGAACCAGAAAUUGAGGAGGUCCCUCGCGAUGGUGGUGAUAGUAGCCGUCACAUCCCAACUCAUUUGGUCGGAAAGGCCACGACCUCCAUUGAUGAAGACAAGAUGAAAAACACAGCUUUCAGAGUAUCUGUUAAGAUUGUAGACUUCUCCUCUUCGUUCUUUGCCGACGAGUUUCCUACCUCUGCUGAUACGAGCGCUUUCCUACAACCGCCUGAAAUGGUUUUCAAGAAGCCUCUAUCCAAAGCAAUGGAUAUAUGGCAGCUUGCCUGUAUUACGUACUGGGUUGCUUCUCGCCAGGAAUUGUUUCAAAUCGGCAAUAGAGAUGAUACGCGCACUUUGAUACCCCAGAUCUACAGAUCUAUAGGGGAGUCUUCGGUUGAUUGGCUCUUGAAUGCCAUAAUAGAAGGUACAAAGAACAACCUCUGGAAAACUGUCCCGACCGGUAUUAGCUUUGAUAUUGGAAUGAUAACCUUGGAGGAAUACGUACGCGGUGAAGUCUGUAAGCAUGAUGAGAAAAGGAAGAACGCGGCAUCUCGAUACAAACCUCUGGAAGGGAGGCCUGAGGUAGAAAGGUACAUAGUAAUGCUUGCGAGAUACCUGAGGCGGAUGCUAGUAGUUGAUCCUGAUCAACGUCCGACAGCGGAAGAACUUCUUACGGAAGCAUUCGUUCAGGACAUGCGCUUGGACGAUUACGAGGCGAACUCUUUAAGGUGAAAUUUAUGAUAGGAAGGAACAAGAGACGAGGCAAGCUGUUUUGUACAGCCCAAAUUGACUCUUCACUGAACUUUGUUGUAGACUUGGGCAAUGAGCACUUGGCGACUGAAUUCCUUUCACUGGGGUUGAUGUGUUGUGCAAGGCAAAUAACCA